AGGGCAUGGAACCAUGCAUUGCUAUUUUAAUUGACUAAUAGUCUUCCUCACCACUUCCCGAACCCCCGAAAAAGACAGGCCAGACAGGGCUAGCCCGGCGGCACGCGGUCUGUCUGGCUUCGGUGGUGGACCCUCCGAUUUUGACUCACUCACACGCACGUCUUCUCAAAGGCCUCCUGUAAACAUAUACACACGUUCAGCCACUUUUCACUUGAUACCCCCUUCUCAACCCUCAGUGUACAAAGCUUCAACAGCUCAGAUCACGAACGCAAUGGAUACCAAGGCCGAUCACAUCCUCACCCUGUCCUGCCCGGACCGCUCGGGCAUCGUCCAUGCCGUGACAGGCUUGUUCGCCGGUCACGGACACAACAUUGCGGACCUCCAGCAGUUCAGUGAUCCCUCGUCGAACCGCUUCUUUAUGCGCGUUCACUUUCAGCCUUCGGCCUCCGAGGGUACCGCCCACCUCAACGGGCCCUUUGACGCCCUGGCCAAGGAAUACGACAUGGACUACACCAUCCGCCCCUUCUCCCAAAAGACCCGGGUGCUCAUCAUGGUGUCCAAGAUCGGCCACUGCCUCAAUGACCUGCUCUUCCGCAUGAAGACUGGCCAGCUCAACAUUGAGGUGCCCCUCAUCGUCUCGAACCAUCCCGAGUUCGAGUCGCUCGCCCAGAGCUACGGCAUCCCCUUUAUCCACCUGCCCGUCACGGCCGCCACAAAGCAGGACCAGGAGAAGCAGGUCCUGAAGCUGGUGGAGGAGCACAACGUCGAGCUCGUCGUCCUGGCCCGCUACAUGCAGAUCCUGUCGCCCACCUUGUGCGAUGCCCUCCCCGGGCGGAUCAUCAACAUCCACCACUCCUUCCUGCCCUCCUUCAAGGGCGCCAAGCCGUACCACCAGGCCUACGACCGCGGUGUCAAGAUCAUUGGUGCCACGGCGCACUUUGUGACGGCCAACCUGGACGAGGGUCCUAUCAUCGAGCAGGGCGUCAGCCGGGUGAACCAUGGCAUGGGACCCAAGCAGCUGACGAGCGAGGGAUCCAACGUGGAGUGCACUACGUUGGCGACAGCCGUGCGGUGGUUUGCUGAGCGGAGACUGUUCAUGAACGGGGUGAAGACGGUUGUUUUCGCAUAGAUAAUGGGUAUAUAUAAAAGUUAGGUGUUUUAGGGAUCACACUCUAAUACGCAUUGCGUGAGAAAUUGGCGACUAUCCCAAAUUGAUCAGGCUCUUGAUCUUCUGUUCCUCCAUCCCUG